AUGCUCAAAGUAGUUCAAAAAUUUGGAUUUUUGUUAGAAUUUGCAUCGUGUGACCUCAAGAAUGAUCGAGAUGUGGUUUUGAAUGCCGUCACAAAUGAUGGUACUUCAUUGUUGUUUGCGUCUGAUGAUUUAAAGAACGACAAAGAAAUUACAUUGAUGGCCGUUAAAAAAAAUGGUGAAGCAUUAGAGUUUGUCUCUGAAGAAUUGAAGAACGAUAAGGAUGUUGUGUUAGCUGCUGUAAAUCAAAACGGAGAAGCUCUUGAAUUUGCAUCAACUGAUUUGACAAAUGAUCUAGAGGUGGUAUUAUCUGCCGUGAAUGUAAAUGCACGCGCUCUUGAGUACGCAUCUGAUAAGUUAAAAAACGACAAGGAAGUUGCAAUGACAACUGUGAUGCAAAGUGGUUACGCCCUUGCUUUUGCUGAUGAGAUGAUAAGAGGAGAUCAAGAGAUUGUGUUUGAAGCUAUCAAACGAAAUAAGUCUGCUCUUAAAUAUGCUUCAAAGAGACUUUUGAGUGACAAACAAUUUAUAUUGGAGGCUGUCAGACUUGGCUGUGAAAAUGUUCUACAAUACGCCCCACUAGAUUUUGCUAAUGACAAGGAAUUUAUGUUAAAAGCUGUCCAAUACAACGGGAUUGGAGUUUCUAGGACACAGUUACGUUAG